AUGGCGAAUCGUUGGAGAUAUAUGGGACAUGAGAUUGGCGGUUGGGUAGCGACAAACCCUGAACCGGCUCAAAAACUCGUUUUUAGACUCGAAAAAAACAAAUGGAAAGGAAACGGACAAUAUGCUCGUUUACCUGAACAUUACAAACAGCGUGCUAUCGAACAUCUCUAUGGAGACAAAGAAGAUGUUCAUGAUGUUCGUGAUAAACGAAAAUUUAUUGUGAAUCAUGAAACCGGUGUUUGGACCCGUACGCAACAUGUACCAGUGACCGUUGUACCAACGGUCCAGGCUGAUAAAGGCUUAUGGGGUGGUGAAGGUGUAGUCAUUGGAUAUGAAGAUGGAGAAGUGAAAGAUGACUAUUAUCGCUGCUUUGUAACAAUACCCAAAUUAAUGAAAUUACUUUUCUACAGUGAAAUUCUCGAUCAACAUUAUGCUGUUUGUGUUACACGACGUACCGUAUCGAAAAUAGAAGAAGCAACAACAUUCGAUCAUUAUAUUCUCAAGACUCCGUUACAAGAUCUCAACUCUAAGUUUGGCUUUGAUUUACGCCGACAAAUGCUACACAAACUAGCCAAUAAUGGAGAGAAUCUUUGGCUGAAUGAUCCACAAAAGCGAUUGGCAAUCUUCAACAAAUACAAACAAUAUCAAAUACCUAAGGAAGAAAUCGACUGGGUUGGUCUAUUACCUGAUGAAGCAUUAGAAAAAUUGGAACAAGAAGAAGACGAAAAGUACGAGCAAUCUGUUCGUCCAUGGAAAGAGCUAUUUCGCGAAUCACUCAUCGCUGAGCUCUCUCGACGACAAAAGAAUAAUGAACCAAUAGAUAUAGUACCGGUAGCAUCAAAACCAGCGCCGAGAAGCCUGAAGGAAAAGGUUAUGAAUAAGCUGUGGGGAUCAUGA